UCACUUCUCAGCUAAUAUAAGUGGAGAGGAUGGCAGGCGGCUGCAGUUCGCUCCUCGUCUGUGGUCUGCAUCUGAGCCGCCAGCCCACUGUCACCAUGGCACCCAUCAGGUCCUGCCUGCUCUUCAGCGCUCUGACUCUCAUCUGCCUGGCUCUGCUGCAAGUGUCAGAAGGACGCGCUGUUAGACGGAAAUGCCGCUGCAUGCAAGUCUCCUCGUGCAUCAACCCGAAGACCGUGAAAGAGAUCCAGAUCAUCCCGCAGACUGCCAUGUGCCACAGGACCGAGAUCGUGAUGAUGACAUACAACAGAGGACCUGUUUGUGUGGAUCCGAACACACCGUGCAUCAAAAAGAUCAUUCAGACAUUCACGAAGGAAACAACAACAACAAAGGAAAUGGGAAGAUAAAGCAGCACAGAAAAUUCUUCUUUUUAAAUGGUUUCUUAUCACUUUAUCUUUCUUAUCUCUUGAAGAUUGUCCACAAUAUCCAGUAUUCCAAACCUGUACCGUCUCAAAAAAUAAAAACAAAUAUAUAAGUGG